AUGGGUAUACGAGACCCCUCCACGAAGAGAAUGAUUCCUGAUCCGGUGAAAUUCCCACAUGGGAUUGAUGGUGUUGCAGGGGAGAUUCAUCGCUUGGGAUUGAAGGUGGGGAUUUAUAGUAGUGCCGGAACCCAAACCUGCGCUGGAUACCCAGCUAGUCUAGGCUACGAGACGAUUGAUGCACAGGCUUUUGCAGAUUGGGGAGUUGACUAUUUAAAAUACGAUAACUGCGGCGUCCCAUCCAACUGGACAGACGAAUAUACCUACUGCGUCCCUGAUAGCGCAAACGGGAAUCACUUUCCCAACGGCACCUGUCCGAACCUUUCGAACCCGUCACCAGAUGGAUAUGACUGGGUUUCAUCGAACACUGCACGACGGUAUCGUGCUAUGCGCGAUGCACUGAUCCACGCGAAUCGAACAAUCCUCUACUCAAUAUGUGACUGGGGUCAGGCUGGUGUGGGGAAGUGGGGGAAUCAGACGGGGAAUUCGUGGAGGAUGUCGGGUGAUAUUCAGUCAACAUGGUCUCGAAUCGCUGAAAUCGCCAACGAAAACACCUUCCUCCUCAACGACGUCGAUUUCUGGGGUCACCCGGACCCGGACAUGUUGGAGAUUGGAAAUGGGAAUUUAACAAUGGCUGAGAAUCGGGCUCAUUUCGCAUUAUGGGCGGCGAUGAAGUCGCCUUUGAUUAUUGGAACCGCUUUGGAUAAAAUAUCAAAUGACCACCUCUCCAUCCUCAAGAAUAAAUACCUGAUUGACUUCAACCAGGACACAGUGGUAGGCUCCCCCGCUACGCCGUAUAAAUGGGGAUAUAAUCCCGACUGGACAUUUGAUCCGCUUCAUCCGGCGGAGUAUUGGGCAGGGAAUUCCUCGUCCGUCGGGGACACCGUCGGGGGUACGUUGGUGUUGAUGUUGAAUUCGGAGGAUCAGACUAGUGUGCGCAGGACGACGUGGAGGGAGAUUCCCCUGUUGGAGGUACAGCAUGAGGAGGUCGCGUUCGAGGUGGUGGAUAUCUGGACCGGAGAGAAUCUGGGUUGUGUUAAGAAUGGGUAUAGUGUCGAGUUGGAGGCACAUGAUGUUGCUGGGUUGGUGGUUAUGCAGAGAUGUUAA